AUGGCACCCUCAACCAGGACCCUAUUCGUGAUCGGCAUCGGCCCCGGCAUCGGGCGGUCCGUAACCUCUCUGUUCGCCUCGAAGCGCUACGCCAACGUGGCGCUGUUCGCGCGACGAGCCACCUCGCUGGCCACGGAAAAGAAGGCACUCGAGGACGCCGUGGGCGGCGUCAAGGUCGGGACCUACGCCGUGGACGUGGCGGACGGGGCGGCGCUGAGCAGGGCGCUGGACGAGGCCGAGGCCGCACUCGGCAAGCCCGAGUGCGUCUUCUACAACGCGGCGCGGGUGCAGCCGUCGGAGCUGCUGUCGCACGACGUCGGGGAGAUCGAGGUGGACUUCAAGAUCAACGUCUCGUCGCUCUACAUAGUAGCGCAGCGGGUGAUACCCUCCCUGAUAGCACUGGGCAAGGCGGACGCGGAGGCGAUACCGUCGCUGGUCGUGACGAGCUCGAUGCUGCCCCAUGAACCGAUGCCGCAGUUGUUUGCGCUGUCGCUGGCCAAGGCGGCGCAGCGGAACCUGGUGCAGUCGCUCGAGAUGACGUACGGGAAGCAGGGCGUCCACCUGGGCCUGAUCAACGUCGGGGGGCCGGUGUCACCGGAGCACGACACUCUGAAUCCCACCAACAUUGCUGACAGGGCCUGGGAUUGGUUCUCCCAGCUGAAGGAAAACCCCCAGUUCGAAGUUAAGAUUUAG